GAUAACCUGAAAGAUGGAAAGUGUUUCAAACAUUGGUUGGGCGAAGAUGGAAGAGCAGAGUGGUUGGGCUAAGAUGGAAGAGCAGAGUGAAUUUGUAAUAGACAUAGUAAGAUCGUUAGAAAAAUUGGAGCCACCGGUGUCAAAUGAUUGUUGCAUCUACAGGGUUCCACAUAACCUCCGCGAAGCGAUGAACGAAAACGCCUACACCCCACAUGCAGUUUCCAUCGGCCCUCUUCAUCAUGGCAGAAAAGAACUGGAGAUAAUGGAAAAGCAGAAGCUCAGAUAUUUGGGGGAAUUUAUACGCCAUAUCCGCUUCGACUUUGAUCAUGCUGUCUGGAUUAUAAAGGACAUGGAAGACAGCAUUUGUUACGCCGAAACAAUACCACUCGACAGCAAUGAAUUUGUAAAAAUGAUUCUCACUGAUGCUGCUUUUAUCAUUAUCCACUUUGUUAAGUGCAAAUCCAUAUCCAAUCAACAAGACGAGUUUCUCUAUAGAAAUUCGUGUUUGUUAUCUAGUAUUUGCCGGGACCUUAUGCUGCUUGAAAAUCAGCUUCCAUUAUUUGUCCUGGAGAAGCUGUAUCAGUAUUACUUAUACGUCAGUCAAGGGCUCGAUCCUGCUGCUGUCUCUUCCUUUCAAGAGCUCACCUGCAAUUUCUUCGAGGACGUCUUUUAUCGGAACAAGCUAAUCCCUGAACAUUUUCCUGAAAAUGUAAACCAUUUCACUGACUUGCUCAGGUCAUUUCAUCUACCAUCAAAUUUUUCGCCACCGUCAACACAAAGAAAUAAACUUCUAUAUAGCGCAUCACAGCUGUACGAGGCUGGAGUGACUAUCAAGGCUAGAUCCAGAGAAUGUUUGCUUGGUUGCGAGUUUAUUUCUAAUAAUGCGGAACUUCAAAUCCCACCUUUAGAAUUGAAUAAUCUCACCACAUGUCUGCUUCAAAACUUGAUGGCGUUGGAGCUGUGUCAUUAUCCAGGGAAGACAUACAUCUGUGACUACAUCUCACUGAUGGGUUAUUUAAUGGAGACAAGCAAAGAUGUCGAUUUUCUGGUUCAAAAGAAAAUUCUUGACAAUGGUUUGGGCGACAGCAAUGAAGUUGUUACUUUUGUUAAAAAACUUGGAACGCAUAUUGCCGUGGAUCGUCGUUUCAACUGCUUUACCAGUCUUUUUAGCGGCUUAAACAGACACUGCGAGGAUCAUUGGCUGCGACAGACCACUUGGCAAAAAUGGUUGACAAUAAUCAAAGUAAUGGCUGAAAAUACUCAAAGUUGAUUAUUUCAGCACCCCGUGGAGGACUGCUUCUACGAUUGCAGCAUUCGUAC